GAACUCAACUCAACUUAAUUCAACUGAACUUAACCAUUCAGAUCCUUGAUGAUUGUUCAUUUGCGAUUCAGACUGUUGAAGUUAUUCUUCUCAACUACUUGACCAGCGAUCUUACAAUGCUAACAACAUUGUCCUCCUGUUCGUACAAAGCGCUACUCUUGAGUAAUCCCAUAUCAUAAGAUUGCGAAUAUGGCAGCGUAUGAUACUUUGACCAUUUCAUCAUCAACCUCUCCUCACAAAAUUCUACGACUAACAGCUCCGGGCUCAAGGAGUAAUCAAUUCAACAUGGAUAACUUCGAACACGAUUUAAGUUUCGAGGCGGACGGCUUGUUAAGGGACGAUGUUCAUAUAGGAAUGCCCUCAUUACCAUUCACGCCCUCGUACGAAAUAUCUGACGCAUUUUCUACUACCUUUGAAGAUCCUUUUUCCUACAACUCUGGGCCUUUCGAGUCACUACUCGACGACCCAAAUCCAGAAAACAAUGGCGAUACCAAUUCUAGCGACCCGGAUAACAAAUUACUCGGAUUUGGCGCACCGAUAAUGAAAGUGCCGAUUUUAGAUGACAAUGGACAGACUUGGCCAGCAAUGAAUGCAGAAUUAUAUGGGAUGUUCUUUGUGGCCGAAGAUGUAUUUGGUAGUGAGACUGUGGGGAGACCAAUGGAAUUGACCUGUUAUCGACGAAAUCUAUUUCAAAUUUCUGGGACCAUUAUCUUAUCAAGAUCCAUCACGAGAAUAAUAAAUGAACAAGGCCAACAUGUUCCAAUAUAUAAUCUGACUGCGACGAUAUCUGCGCUAGAAAGCAUUGAGGGGAAAAGUACCGAAAUUAUCAGUGUGCCGUGGAAGACAGCGAAUGUGACGACUUCUGAAGAUAAAGCUGGUGCAGCCCCACCACAAUGGCCCUUGGACUUGAGCAUCAAUCCGGAGCUGGAUCCUACAUGUGUUUCCAUUCCUAUAGCGUGGAAGCGGCUGCAGUUCAAGCAUGCGACGGCAAAUAAUGGAAGGAGGAAAGGACUGCAGCAACAUUAUGUUAUACAAAUUAAUUUGAUGGCUACAUUAGCCACCGGGGAACAGAUUAAGUUGACAGAGAUUCAAUCCGGAGCAAUCAUCGUGAGAGGAAGAAGCCCGAGAAAUUUUGACAGCAGGAAAGAUGUGCCUGUUAGUGAGAAGAAGGGGGAGCCAAAAUCUAGGACUAUGAGCAGUGAAGCCGGACCGAUGGUAAAAGUUGAUCCGACAACCUCUCAAUCUUCCUAUCGCUUCUACGCUCCGAAUGCUGUUCAGCAACCGCUAGACUUACCUGACUGGCCUAGCCUCACAUCUUCAUCUCUAACACCCGACCAGCCGCCCACUCCGUCACACCGUACGAAGAGGAAUUCAUCUCAUAAUCGUCCCCCUGUUCCUAAAACUCGUUGGAAAACAGAUUCCACAAAUGUCAAGCCUUCAUCCCAGUCUUCUGCAGCACCAAUAGAUCUAUCUCUAGCUGAUGACGAAACUGGAUUUCCAAACUCUCAGAUUCCUUCUAGAAAUUCAUCUGGUGUUUCAGACAGAGAUAAAGAUAGGGGCACAGGCCAAAGAGGUAGUUCUGAGAAGGAUAGUGGGGUGAAUGGAAAGAUUGGCUGGUCGAAGAAACCGAUCAGUGUGGGCAGCCCCGAAGACAACGAAGAAGCACUUUAUGAGUACUUCCCUUUGAGCUUGGAUGAUUGGAUGCCACCAGUAGAUGCGAUUUAUAGACCUCAUGUUGUACAUCAUACAGUUAUCCCAGACGAUUUCAAAGCGCAGCAAGGGAAGGGCAAGACCAAGAGAUAUUUUUCAGCAGAUGAUUGAUUAUUCUAAGCAUUUGUGAAGUACUUAUCUGGAGAAUGGGUAUUCCAUGCCGUUGAGGUCUAUUGUAGCCCAUUUGCUGUUGGCUAGCCCAUAUGACUAUCAUAGUCCCAUUUAUGAGGGGAUUUGACAUCUUUAUCUCCGUCUAGCAUUGCACACAACAGGAAGAUAUGUCGGUACCACCGCCGUAAUGUAGAUGUGGAGCCGCAUAAAGGUAGUUCCUGUCAUCUCUGGUGUUGAAUGCUGAAAGAGAGGUGAGGUGGAGAACCCCAGGAGAAAGGGUGUGGCAAUUGCUGUGAAGGCCACAACCGCCAAUCAACUUAACGUUGAAAUGGUUGAGCGAUGGGUAGCCGAGGCCACAAUCGAAUUUCAAGUAAGCGAGCCGUUGAAUUUCGUACUCAUCACAAAGAAAAGUCUACUCCGAAAACAGUCUCGCCAUAAAUGUCGGUGCUAGUAUUGGGGGAAAAGUUCUACUUCAAAAUAGCAAGAGCUGCUUCAUGCUUCAAGAUUCAGAGUGUUAACAAGCUUAGCCAAUUAGCGCAAAACUAAACCUUUUCGUAAAUAGUAUUGACACGCCUAUUCACAAAUGAUUCAUCCACCGUUUGUUCAUGAGAGAGACUAUUAUAUUCUCCAUUUGCAAGAGAAAAUUCGUGAAUGUCAUAGCGGUCUGUGGGGUUUUGGGAAGAAUGUUAAUGAGUA